AUGACAACUCAAUACAAGGAGGAGAUUUGCGAGAGAUCCGAGUGCAAAAGUAAAUCUCCAACUUUGCUCUCCUCUUACUGCAUCGACAGUAUUCUGGGCCGGAGGAGCCCUUGCAAGAUCAGAUGUAUUGGAACCCAAGCAUUGCCGCUUCUCACAGCUAGGAAUGAGCCGGACACAGCCAGUGAAGGAUCGCCCAAGGAAAACAUGUCUUUUGACUCUGAACUCCAUCUCCCUCCUAAAUUCCGAAGACUGUACGGUCUGGGAGGUAAAAUCUUAGACCCCCGGGGAUUUAACGAGAUUGGUAACGAGAAAUUGGAAAGAGACAGAUCCUCCGAGCCGUUCCGAAACACCGAUCUGAAGAUCAGCCAGGCUCCGCAAGUCAGCAUCAGCCGCAGUAAAUCCUACAAAGAAAACUUCAGCUUGGGCAAAACGCACGGAGACAGCGCGCCCAAUUUGUCCCAGUCUCCAGAAUUAGGUUCGGUGGAGCCCACCGACAAGUCGUUCGAGGGAGACGCCAAAGAGGACGCGGUUGAAGAUGACUUGUCCUCUAAGCUUGUAGAGGAGGCCCAGACGGACGUGGAUGUGAAGGAUGGGGAGGACAGCCUGUGUUUAUCAGCCGGCAGUGACUCAGAAGAAGGCAUGUUAAAAAGAAAACAGCGGCGAUAUAGGACUACAUUCACCAGCUACCAGCUGGAAGAACUAGAGAGAGCUUUUCAGAAAACACACUACCCAGAUGUCUUCACCAGGGAGGAACUAGCGAUGCGGCUAGAUUUAACAGAAGCACGAGUACAAGUUUGGUUUCAGAACCGCAGAGCUAAGUGGCGAAAGCGAGAGAAAGCCGGAGCUCAGAGCCACCCAGGCGGCCUGCCGUUCGCCAGCCCCUUGGGAGCGGGCCACCCGCUGGGACCUUACCUGGACGGCAGUCCCUUCGGACACCACCCGAGCCUCGAGUCCGCCUGGUCAGCCGCCGCCGCCGCAGCAGCAGCCGCAGCUGCCGCCUUCCCCGGGCUCCCACCUCCACCAGGCACCGCUGCUCUUCCCCCCAGCGGGGCCCCGCUAGGCCUCGGCACCUUCCUGGGAGCGGCCAUGUUCAGACAUCCUUUCAUUACUCCGCACUUCGGCAGGCUCUUCUCGACAGUAGCUCCGCUGACAGGCGCCUCUGGCCCUGCCCUGCUGAGACAGUCGGCCCCGGGGGCAGAAGGGGGAGUGCAAGCCGGCGCCCUCUCAGACCCCGCGGUAGCAGCAGCAGACAGACGAGCGUCCAGUAUCGCAGCACUCAGACUCAAAGCCAAGGAACAUGCCGCCCAACUCACACAACUCAACAUCCUUCCCGCACCCUCCACCGGCAAGGAAGUGUGCUGA